GUACAGCGCUGUGAGCACAGCAUCCCAUCCCACAGAGCCCAACCUUCUCCACGCCAACGCCGACGCCCUGCAGCGUUUGGUCGCUUUGUCCCACGGUCACAGCAGGGAGUGCGGCUUCGUCCCCGACGUGAAGCCCCCAACCCCGGGCAGCCCGGCCCCGUUGGUGUGGGAGUGCGUGGCCGGACACAGCUUCACGUGGGGCGGCCCCAGCGAUGCCCCACAGAGGGGUGACGGAGGCGGGGGGGGCUCACAGAGGGGCUCCCCUGCGGUCCCCGUCCGUCGGAGGUCGCUGCGGAGGUCGGGGGUCGUGAUGGAGGUGAUGGUGGAGGAGCCCGACGCCGGGAAGGACGAUGGAGUUUGGUCACCUGGGGGUGGUGGAGAUGGCGGUGGCGAUGGAGCACCUCGGCCUCAACUCACCACCGCCCUCCCUGCAGCUCCCCAGGGGCAGACAGAGGCAGAAGUGCCGGCAGCGGAUCGCCAGAGCAGCACGCCUGGGUUGGAGGAGAAAGCAGAGCAACACGCCGUGCCCCAAGAGGAGGAGGAAGAUGAGGACCAGGCCGAGGAAGACGACCUUGCCUACAACGAUGAUUGGCGUGAUGAGAAUUACCAGCCGCCCCAGGACAGCGACUCCGAGCCGCAGCGACGCCAAAGCCAGCCCCAGGCCCGUAAGAAAGCCGUGAAGGAGGAGCAGGAUGAGCAGAACCCGAUGGACUCCAGCUCAGCAGAAGACAAGGGUGGGCAAAUCAGCUGCAAGCAGCCGACGCGGCCGUGCGAUGAGGACGUGGCCCAGAUCGGCCCCAAAAGAAUCAGGUAGGGAAAAC